AUGCUAUUAAAUGAAAUGCGCAGGAAGAAGGAACUUUGUGGUGCAUUUACAUAUGAAUUUGAGGUCAACUCAAAAGAUAGACUGACACGUUUGCUUUGGUGUGAUCCAAUUGCCAAGAGAAACUAUCAUUUGUAUGGUGAUAUUGUUUCUUUUGAUACGACAUACUCAACAAAUAGGUGUUGUAUGAUAUUUGCUCCUUUUACGGGCAAGGAUAAUCAUGGUCGCCCUGUGACAUUUGCUACUGGCCUUUUGUCCAAGGAAAAUGCCAAUUCCUUUUCAUGGUUAUUUAACCAAUUUGUAAAGUGUAUGGGCGUGGCUCCCAAACUGAUCGUAACCGACCAAGACUUGGGAAUGAAAGUUGUUAUUGAGGAGGUCCUUGUCAAUACGAGACACCGGUGGUGUAUGUGGCACACUAUGAAUAAAGUUGCUGACAAAUUGCCAAAGAACAUGCUUGGUAGUGAAGAACUAAAGAAGGAAUUGAAUGCAUGUGUUUGGUCGGAGUUGAUAGAACCUGAUGCAUUUGAAGAAUCUUGGCAUGCUAUAAUUGAAAGAUAUGGGCUGGCUAAUAAUGACUGGUUUUCAUCAAUGUUUGCAUCCAGAAAGUUUUGGGUUCCAGCCUUUUUCCGUGAUUUUUCGAUGAGUUCAUUGAUAAAGACAACUUCUUUGUCUGAAUCACAUAAUAGCUUCUUUAAAAUGUACUCAAAGUCUCAGGCUAACCUUAUGCUAUUUUAUAUGAACUAUAACCAUGCUUUGGAGGCUCAAAGAAGUAAUAGCGCAAAGCUUGAAUACUAUGAUUCAACAAAAGUGCCUAUUUUGCGAACAGAAUUGGAAAUCGAGAAACAUGCAUCAACAAUAUAUAGUGGUAGUGAUUAUAAUGAAAUUCAAGAAGAGAUAGUUUAUGCAUGUUUCUCUUUGUCUUGUGCAACUCUAGGAGUGUCUACCAAUAGAGAGAUUGAAGUAUAUAACAUAAAUGACAAGGAUUCAAACUCAUGGACAAUGACUUACUCCAUUGGUGAUGACACCUAUUUGUGUGGAUGUAAAAAGUUUGAGAGACUUGGUCUAUUGUGUAGUCAUAUAUUUUGUGUGUUGAAAUAUAAGUUUGUUAAGUUGAUACCCGAGAUGUUGCGUGGAGGGAGAUGGUUGAAGUCACAGUUUGUGAAGCCAAUACAUGGAGGGAACAUUGAUCAAAUCAAUGCAUUUGCUGCAAUUAUUGAAGAAGGUAAGAAGCAGCUUCUCGGAGAUGGUGUUGUUCUAUCUUCGACAGAGAAGAGUGCAUUGAUUGAGAACUUCUAUGGCUCACAAGUUCCGAACUUUAUUGAAGUUUAUCCUCCUGAUAUUGUCAGUACAAAUGGAAGUGGAAGUAGGAAGAAAUCGAAGAAAGAGUCAGCAAUGAAGUUAGCAAUGAAACCAGGUCGAAACUGUCAUGAGAUUGGAUACCAUGAUUCUAGGAACUACAAGAAGGUUAAUGAGAAGGCAAAUCAGAGGCAGUGA